GUGACGCUGACUCGGCCAUCCGAGACGCAAUGAGAGCUGCGGACUACUCCAACUUCAGGCUCAAUGCUCCCAGAACUUGGGACAACAUCCUCUUCCAUUGCAAUGAUAACUACACGCUGAAGGUAGUGAAGCAGUGCUCCGGAGCUUAUUGUGUGGACGGUGGUACGAACAAGAAUGAUUACUGCGCCAAGGAGGGCAGUGCUGCAGGUUUUUGGUUCUAAUUUCUUUCACCCUGAUCGUUGUGGUGAGUGAUCGAAUGGGAUGUGUGGUGGGAUUUAUUGUUUGCUAUAUAUGGGGGUUAUGGGAUGUGUCAGUCAGUAUUCAGA